CGGUUUUAUUAGGGUUUUAUGCUAAGUUUCAAAGUUAACUGAAAGAAUUUCCAAUAUUUAAAUGAAGGAACAUUCAAAUUUAGGUAGAUUUGAUGCUUAAGUCUUUUGAAAAAAGGUGAGUUUGCGUAUGUUUAUCGUAAGUAUGAACGAGAUAAGAACAGUUCUUAAAGACCUACAGCACCACUGGGGCAGACACAAUGUAAUUAUGGUCAACGUACUAAUUACUAUGCAUCAUUAGCAGCUUGCCGGCCUUCUUUCACCUCUUUUUAUAAAUUUUUCAUUUAGUUCUCCGUUAAACUUCGAGUUGGUCACAACAAUUUCUUCUCUUUGACUUUGUUUCAUUCUUGAUAGAAUUUUUGGUUCGUCACACAUCAAUCAUGUGGUGCAUUUUCAUAACGAUUUUGUCCGGUGUUUUAAUUUUAGAAGCGACUGAAACGCUUUCAAUUACAUCGCACGGAAAGGUUGUAAUUUGUAAUGUGGCCGAACGAUCUAUAAAUCCCGAAUAUAGCCUCACAAAACAUGACUUGAGUCUGUGCACACAUCUCAUUUAUUUCGAAAUGGAUCAUUAUAAUGCUGAAAAAGAAGGAUCAACAAAAUUCUCGAAUGACUACUUCAAUACGACUUCUGAUGGAUUGAUAUUCAAACAGCUGCCUACAAUUCGCAAAAAAUACCCAAAUUUGAAGAUUUGUUUAGGAGUAAAUAGUAUGCCAAUUGACUUCUCCCAAAUGGCAACGGAUGAGCGAAAACGUAAACAAUUUUACCGGAAUGCGUACACCUACUUAAUGACAUCAGAAUUUAUGGGAUUGGACUUGAGUUGGAACUAUGCACAAGAAAAUAUUUAUUUGACUGAAUACACAUUAUUUGUGAAAGGAUUGGGUGACUAUUUACGAUUUACUGGAGCACUGCUUUUAAUUAGGGUUAGUGAGCAAACGAUGAACAUGGACGUCAUGUACAUUCCCAUAUUAUCGAAUAAUUUCGAUUUCGUACACUUUACACCAGAAUAUCCAAUUGAUGAUAGAUGUAAAGCUUAUAAUCUUAGCGAUGCUUUGAGAGAGCAUGGCAUUAAACGUAUCGAAAACAUAGUUGGAGAUUUACUCGAUAUGGGUGUUUUUCCAUCGAAAAUUGUCAUCGGAUUCAACAUUGGAGGAGUUAAUUUCGACCUUGCAUUCAAAACCAGAAACUAUUUGGGAUACAACAAGCUGUGUGAUGUUAUUUCAAAUGAAGCAAAUGGAUGGAUUCAAUUCUAUGACUCUGAAGCCAGUAUGGCACUGGCAAAAAAGAAACAUCAUUUCAUUGAUUUUUGGCGAAACAUUGUUGUUUUCCAGAAUACACAUUCGAUCAUAAACCGAAUUCGACUUGCCCUCAAAUAUAAUAUAGACGGUGUUAUGCUCACUUUCAUUAACACAGAUGACGUUCAGGGCAAAUGUCAAAUUGACGACAAAGUGUACAAUGACUUUGUAUCGCCUCAUGUUAAUAUCACUUUAACAAUGUCGGUGGAGAAUAGCAGAUUACCACUUUUGAAUAAAAUCAACAUAAUGAUGACAAUGGCAAUGUAUGAAAUUAGAAAAGAAACCAAAUCCGAAGAUGCUGUUAUAUUUUUGGACUGAUGCGCUUUUUCAUGUAACUUUUAUAUCGAGUUUCCUAAGAAAUUAUUUUAUAAAAAAAUUUGUUUGCAAAGAAUAGAAAAAGGUUUUCAUAAUUGUCUGC